AUGAAACUUGUCAGCUGGAAUGCACGUGGAAUUGGGAGUGAUCGUGCAUUCCGUAAUCUCUCCCGUUUAGUUUCUUUUUGUAAUCCUACUAUGUUAUUUAUUAUGGAAUCUAGGCUGGCUAAGAACGCUGUUGACAAUCUUAAGCACAAGCUCCAUUUUGAUUCGGGUUUGGAAAUGCCUAGGAUAGGUAGAAGUGGGGGCUUGCUUUUAUUUUGGACUAAUGAUGUAAUUGUCACCUUGCUUUCUCAAUCUAUUAGUCAUUUUGAUUGCUACGUUUCGUGUUCUAUUACUAAUGUAUCCUUCCAUCUUACUUGUUUUUAUGGCUCUCCGGUUGAUUCUCUCAAGCCUCAUACGUGGAAUAUUCUUAACCGAAUUGGUAGGGGUAACCCUCGGGAUCCGUGGCUUAUUAUUGGGGACUUUAAUGCUUUUCUCUUUUCCCAUGAUAAACAAGGGGGAAAUCCCGACAGGGGCCCUUCCUCGGAUUUCAGACAUUUCCUUGACUCUUUUAAUCUCUCCCCUCUCGACCCCACUGGUCCCUUGCUCACGUGGAAUAAUAAUGUCGCAUCCCCAAAAAACAUUCAAGAACGAUUAGACUGGGGCAUUGUCAAUAACCACUGGGUAGAUAUCUUCCCUGAUGCCACCCUUGCCCAUUUGGGGUUCUACGGCUCUGACCACCGCGCCCUAGAACUGAACACUUCCAAUCCUCUGGGCACUUGCCUUAAUAAUAAUAACAAACGUUUUCACUUCGAGAAUGUUUGGCUUAAGGAUCCAAAUUGGAACCAAGUUUUUGACCAAUCUUGGACUAGCCAGCCGAACCUGCAUGAACCCAUCCUCAAGCUAGUCGCGACUCAAGCCUCUUGUGCAGAGAAACUUAACAAUUGGAACCACAAAAAGGACUUUAAUUUUAAAAAGCACAUAACCAAGCUUGAGAAAGACCUGGAAAUUGCCUGA